UUUUUUUGAGAUGAUACGGGCAGGUUCAGUUGGUAGAAAGCGUACAUGUGAGCCCGAGGACUGGGAUGAGAAGGGACGCACCAUGAUCUCUCACAUAUACGUUUCUUUUGAUAGCAUCAUUAGAUCUAUUCAGUUUGGCUACACGGAGAUUAACGAAGGUCUUACCUUGUCUAAACAGUAUGGUCCCUCUGAAGGAUACAGCUUUCGAGUUGUAAGUUUUGUGUCCUAUGUGACUGGAUUAAGUGGAUCACUAGGAUAUCAUGGAGGAAUCGCAAAUUUGAUAUUUCACACAAACCGUGGGAAGCACGGACCGUUUGCGAAUGAUGACAAUGCACCUCCUCCCAAGAUAGAAAUUGAUCCGUCAAUACGCGAUCGACGUGAAUUUGGUGGUUUCUUUGGUUCUUACACUUUUGGCGGUAUUACAUCGAUUGGUAUUUACGUGAAUCCCAUUCCAAGUUCUCAUGGGGUGACUAAACGUGAAAAGUUUGUUGGAACACGUUUUUGACAGAGUGGCGUGGACCAUUUUUUCGAUGGGUUUUUCGACGGAGACGUCUAUCGGAAAGACCGGAAUUUGGAUACGAUGUAAUCGUCACCAUGAACACUAUGAGUUAGUGUAUUUGUUGGUCAAAAUCGGAGUUGUUUUGAAUGAGAAAUGAAGGUCUAAAGUUAAUGACAUAAAAAGCUUAUAAAACUAUUAUAUGGUUAAAUAUAAAAUUUAACAAAUGUUUCACUUUAGAUAUUUGAGUUUGAAUUUAGAUUUGAUAAGUUGAUUAGACUUAAAUGUCAAUAAACUUGUUUUAAAUCAUAUUCAUAAAAUAUUUUGGUAUUUGGUUAAAUAUAAACUCAAUUAAAGUAUAUUGUUGGCUUUUGAUGUGGUCAAUGCAACUUUAUGACUUGAUAUACUAACGUUUCUGAAUCGUAGUCAUGGGAAUCAAUUUCCUUUAUUGUUAUUAAUGACUAUGUACGUUAGUGCUCCAUAAGGAUCGAAGUGUUUCGUUUGUCUUAUAAAUAGAAAAGAAACAUUGCACUAAUCUCAAUUCAUUGGACUAAGCAAAAGCUUACAAUCCUUCAUAUUUUUUUUCUUAGAUUUUUUCUUUUGAGUCUGAGAGUACACACAAAACUAAUUUCGUCAGGUUUCUAAUAGAGUGACGUAAAUCAGAAGAUUUUUUGCAGUUAUAUCUUGGGACUCAUUACGUUAUCGAACCGUCGCACUACGAGACGUAUUUUGAGUUAAGGAAAGAGAUAAUAUCUCGCCUCUGCAGUUGUAUCAUCAUUUUCUUAAUCUUUGGUAUAAUUUUAUCAAUCUUAUUCUUUACAAUAUUCAGUUCUCCGUAGAUUAUAUGAUACGGUUCUAUCAGUCUUAACUCAAAAUAUCCGUCUAUUGCUUUGCACUAACCGGACUGAUUAUUGUAAAAGUUGUUUUUGUUAAGAACAGGUGUUGAACGAUCCAGAACAGGUUCCCAUAAAACGGUUAGGUACCGGUAGUUUCUCAGUGUUGCGUGAAGUUUUUUUAUCUUUAUUCUUACGCUUCUGUUCUGCAGGAUUUAUUUAAAAUAGAAUUUUUAGCUUAUCUCCUGCAACGUGACGUUUUCUUAUCUUUGCUCAGUUCUACUGGUUCUAAUCGUCUUUAGUUAUUAUUGUUGUUCGGAUCUUUAGUUGUUGUCCUUUUGUCUUGACCGCAAGGAUUUGUGCCGCUGGUAUUUUCUGAUUAAUCUUUCUAUAUUGCAGAACUUAAUCGGUUAUCUAAUCUAUAUCUGCGUUUUUAGAAGAGUUUAAUUGGAGUUUCGUAGAAAAAGAGACGUUUGAUCUGAAAUUUCCGUUACCAUUAGAGCUUAUCAGUUUAUGUUAUUUGUCAAAAGGCUAGACUUGCGUGUAGUUCUUUUUCUUUAACCGGUUUCAGCCAUUGGUUUAAUUUAAUUAUCAAAGAGCAUUCACGUUUUUUGUCUUGCAUGUUAUCAAUAAUGUCUAACCUUUUGAUUUCUGGUUUCAGUUUUUUCUUUUUGGAAUAACCAUGAAAGAAGAAAAAUAUUGAAGUUUUAUGUAUGGUGAAAUAAACAAAUGUUAUAAACAACAUUUUGAUUCUUAAGGGAUCAUGUUAUAUGGAUGGAAAUUGAUUUUGUGAGUCGACGCCCCAAAUUAAGCUUGGGAGAGGUCUGCUACAUAUAAAUAAUUUGCCAUAGAAAAUAAAAUGUUUAUUGAUAUUGAUCGAAAACAUUUAUAUUUCAUCAAUGCUUAAAUGCAAGUUACAAGAAGAUUGACCAUGCAAAAACAAUGAGAAUUUUCAGACCAAUGUGACUGAAACUGACAUGUGUAUUGUAGUUUAUAAAGUCAAUAUGGUUGAGAAUAAUCAUAUAGAAUGGUGGUUUUGAUGACACAAAUAAUAUCUUGUAAUGAUAUGUAUAUUUGUUA